UGUCUCAUUUUUAGCAACAUAUCAUUUGACCAAUGACGAUGUCACAUUCUCAACCAGUACUCCGUCUCGUCCUAUCGGAGCUCCCCAAACUGGUAAAAUACGUUGUUUAGCAUCUAGCCUUCGAAGCUACGAAUACAGCAGUAGAGUGGGAUCAUGGAGCUCUCUGGUCAACUGGAUGAGGUUGAGUUUGUGACACAGGAUGGCAGGCAGGCUGACGUCCCCCGAAGAGAGAUGAACAACUCAACAACGGAUAUCAUAAGGAUCAAAGAACAGAUGUCCAAUCAGGGUUUUGAGAUGUUGGUGAAGCUCCAAGCAGGAAAAUGCAAGAAACCCUCUGAAGAUGAGAGAGAUCUGCCUGAUUAUGUCAAUGAGUUAGAGGAAGAAAAGACCAAGCACUUUAACAAGACACUGGCAUUACACAGGAUGCAGUUAUGGCAUGUUAUCUCUGAGAAGCUGAAACAGACGGACCCAGAGGCAGAAGCAAUGAGAGUGUUGACAAGUCGUAGCAUGGACCUGUGCUCGAAUAUCACAGCAUUGCAACAGGAAUCAUGCGAACUCCAGGAUCAAAUCACAGAUCUACAGAAACAGAGGCUUGAAUUGAAGCGUCUGAGUCACGAGCAGAUGAAGGAGAUGGAUGAGCUCAAGAGAAAGAAGGAGCACCCGGAGAUGGAGAAGUAUAGAAGCGUCCUAGAGAAAGGCCAGUCACACCUGGACAAGUACCAUAAGAUGGCCACCAUCACUCAGAAUGUCCUCAGGGGUGUCAUCUUGGCCAGUAAAGUGAACUGGAGAGACGACCCCAAAUUGAGAGACAUCGCCAUGACACUGGAAGAUGUCCCUUUAUCUGAUGAGUGAGCUGUUUGGGAAACCAGAACAACAAUGUUUAUAUGUGUACAUAACAGUUAUCUUCUCUCUGCUAUGUUGUAGGUAAUCAAACUAUUUGAAGUAAUUUAGACAAAUAUAUUUUGUGUCCAGUAUUUUUUAUUAAUGUAACUACGAUUUUAGGUCAAUUGUAGUUUGUUUAAUGUGCAGUUCACUCUGUAUAAAGACUUCUCCUGAAGGAACAUUUGUUAAUUUUUUUGAACACCAGCAGUUAGUCAGUGUGUUUGGUGUCAGAUAUAGUUUUAUUGUUUU